UCAUCUCACUCCCACAAGUCAGAGAAGGAAGAGGUAUUUCCACAGGCUCCAUUAGGCCAACUGCUUCCUCUUCUCUCCUCAGAGUUGUCUCUGAACUUGGAAUAUGAGAGCGCUCACCAUGGAUCUGCCUUAUUACCACGGCCCUCUGUCCAAGCGAGACUGUGAGACCUUGCUGCUCAAGGAAGGGGUGGACGGCAACUUUCUGUUAAGAGACAGUGAGUCUAUGCCCGGAGUCCUGUGCCUCUGUGUCUCGUUCAAAAAGUUGGUCUACACGUACCGAAUCUUCAGAGAGAAACAUGGGUAUUACAAUAUACAGACCGUGGAAGGCGCUCAAAGACAGAUCUUUCCAAACCUAGAGGAACUGAUCUCCAAGUUUGAAAAACCAAAUCAAGGGCUGGUGGUUCACCUUUUAAGGCCAAUAAAGAGAACCUGUCCCUCCCUGAGAUGGAGAAGAUCGAAGAUAGAGCUGGAUGGUAUUUAUGAGAACAGUAACAGCGAUUAUGUGGAUGUCUUGCCUUGAAGAUAAGGAGACUGGACAAAGCACUUAUAGAAGAGAUGGGGUGAUAGCUCUCACCAGUGACCCUGCUUCUCCUGCAGGUGUAGGUCUGUAAGGCCAAACUCUAGGGGAAAAUUUAGACUCUCUUGGUGUGAGUGACUGUCCACCAGUCUCAGAGAAAUCACUCCCCCUGCCCCGCCUCCCAUGCAUACACCUUGAGCAGCUUCGAAACCCCUUUUUCCCUCUCACUCUUCUUUCUUGCAAUAGGACAGCCUGAACCUAUUCUCCUUGACUUGUUAAAGGUGCCACCACUACAUCACAGUUGACAUCCCCCUUUCAACCACGUGACCAGAGGGGAGAGAAGAGAGAGCGUUGGCUGCUAGUUAGGAGCCUGAGUUCCAGUCCUGGCUCUGUGACUGCAGACCAACCUCUUCCUCUUUCUUUCUCUUUCUCUGUUUCUUCAUCUAUAAAACAAGUGGCUAAGCAGAAGGGUACACAAUGCCCCAGCAGAGUUAAGACCUGAUUAGUGUGGAAUGUACCAAAUUCUCUGCCCAUUCUAUCACCCAUCUUCAAACCGUAGUGAUUCAUUUCACCCCACUAGACUUACCUUUUAAAGUUAUUAAAGAGAGGAACUUAGAUCUCUAGGAAACAUGAGCAGACAUUGUGGCUGGAACCCCAAAGCACGAGCCGUUCUGACUUUUGGGUCACAGCAAACCAUAGUGGAGAAGAAGUGCGCUGUAGCCAUAUUAAGAGAGCUGAGGGGGCCAAAUCCUUCUGGUUCGUUCGGUAAAGGACACCACAGCAAACCUGCUCUCCAGGGUCCCGGGUCUUUGAUCCUUUCUCCAUGGUACAAAGAAGCAUGUUCCAGUUGUCAGAGCCUGCAGCAAGCCUUGGCACAGAAAAUACAUUCAGUGAAUAUUUCUUAAAUAAAUGACUGAAUAAAUCAAUAUACAUAAAAUGUGGCCGCUUAUUCUGGAUAGCAGAGAUUUGUUUGAACUUUCUACAUUUCAAAAUCCAGUAGAACGUGACUAUUAAUUCAAGACCUUUCAGUUAUAACUCUCAUGGAAGUGAUCUCCUUUUUUCUGAGCAUCUAUGCGUAGCACCUUACAUGAUGCUUGGUCCCAGUGGGUUUUCAGCAUAUUUUUCAAACGAGCAAGCCACAUUUAAUAGCUGAUGUGGAUGUCAUGCUAUAGUUCCCUGAAAUUUAGAAGACCCUGAACAGGUCAUAUGAAGAACAGCUGAAAGUUCUGAGUAUGUGGGACUGGAUGAGGGAAAACUUAAACUAAAGCAGUCGUUUCAAGUGUUUGAAGUGCUGUUCUGUGAAAGAGCCUGAAGACUCACUGGGUACAAUGCCAGACAGCGGAACUCAGACCAAUGGCUGGGUGUUUAUAGGAGGGCAGUUUUAGCCAAAUAUAAGAAAGAACUCUGAACCCACUGGGGCUAUCCUACAUUCAAACAGUCCUCCCUCUGCUGUGGUCCAAGUGACUUAGGUAUGGAGAGUAAUCACAUUCCUUUGUUCAUAACUCAUUACCACCAUCAAACCAUACAAGACUCUUGUUUUAUUUCAUUUUUCUUCCCUUCAUCCCUAAUUCCCAUUUCAAUGGAACCAGCUCUGUACUAUUUGAUACAUGCCCUUGGUAUGUAUGCACCCUUGUAGAAUAUACAGAAUUGGUUGUGACUCUAUAUAUCUUUUGUAUUUACCUGCAUGAUAUGGUGCUGUUGCUCCAAUUCUGUUAUUACUUUUCUUCACUCAAUAGUAUGUUUAGUUCUAUUCCAUAUUGUUGAGUGUACAUCCAACCCAGUGCCUCUAACUGAUGCAUGGUAUUCCACAGCGUGCAUCCACCACAUUUUGCUUCCCUCUAGAGAUAGAGAUAUCUAAGUUGGUUCCAACUCCCUGCUACCAGGAACAAAACUGUGAUGAGCAACCUUGAGCAAGUCUCUUUAUGGAAGUGUAAAAGACUUCCUCUGGAUUAUAUGGGUGGGUCAUAAAGCGUACUCAGAGUUAAUUAUGAUGUAAUCAAGCCCAUUAAGUGCUUUUUUUGCCUUAUGAUUUGUGCUUUUUGAUCCUUGUUUUACAAGCCCUUCCCCACUCCAAGAUCGUGGAAAAAAAAAUUAUCCUACAUUUUCUUCUACUGACUUUAUACUUUUACACUCCACAGUUAGGGUUUUAAAGAUGGCAAGGACUUUUGCCUUUUUCACUGGCAUGUAUCCAGUGUCUAGAAAAGUCCUUCACCCAUAGUAGAUGCUCAAUAAAUAUUGAUUGAAUAAAUGAUUAAUCUGGGGUAACCUUUGUUCAUGGUGAGAGGUAAGAAUCCAGCUUUGUAUUUUUCCACAUAUAUUUAAGUGGUUUUCUGAUUUCAACCCGCUUAAUAAUUCAUUUUCCCCCCUCUGACUUAUGGCACAACUGUUCUAAUACCCUGGCUUUUAAUUGUCUGGUAGGAUAGGCACUCUCUCUUAUUUUUUAAAACCAAUUUAGCUGUCUGUGGACCUUGAUUCCUCUACAUACAUUUUAGAAUAAAUAAGUUUCUCAGAACAUCUUCCUGGAAUUUUGUGUAAAGUUGCAAUGAAUUUGUAGAGUAAUUAGGGGAGAACUGAUAUUCUUGUGAUGUUUUCCCAUGCAUAAACAUGCUACAUCUAUUUUGUCAGGCUAUCUUUUCUGGUCUUUAAUGCAAUCAUAAACUUUCAUUACAGAAGUCUUGUAUAUUCUGUUAGUUUAAUUGCUAACUAUUUUUAGUUGUUAUAAAUUUAAGUCAUAUGUUUUAUUACAUUUCUUUUUUUCUUUUGAUUUGAGGUUUCCCUUUUUUUUUUUAUAUAUUGGGGUAUAGUUGCUUUACAGUGUGUUAGUUUCAGCUGUACAGCAAAGCGAAUCAGCUAUAUGUAUACAUAUAUCCCCUCUUUUUUUGGAUUUCCUUCCUAUUUAGGUCACCACAGAGCAUUGAGUAGAGUUCCCUGUAGACUACAGCAGUAGCAAACUGUUUAUGCUCUGAUUAGAUCUACCGGUUUAUCUGUUGAUUCUAUUGUAAAUUAGAUUGUAAAUUCCAUGUAAAUGAUUUUGUCAGCUAUAAAUGAUAGAAUUUUGUUCUCCUUCCUUUCAUCAGUUAUACAUUUUAUUUAUUUUCUAUGUUUACUUGGUUGGCUAGGACCUCCGGUAUACAUUAAAUACUAGCCAUGAAGGUGGGCAUUCUUAUGUUGUUCCCAUAUUAUAUGAAAUGCUUAGAAAUUUCCCCAUUUAAGCACAAUGUUUGUUUCAGCCUUUAAGAAGGCUAUUUUAGUUUUUAUCAGAAAUGUUUUGAAAUUUAUUAAAUGAUUUGUUUCUGUAUCUACUGAGAUAGUCACAUUACUUUAAUCUUCAUUCCAUUAUAGAGAUAAAUUACAUUAAUUAAAUUUCUAAUAUUAUACCAUC